CAGCGCCAAGGGUCUCAGGGGUCUCAUUGACGUCAGUCCAUAGAGCAGCAAAUUGAAGAGAUGAGCUGUGGACGAGACUGUAUGGCGACACUCUGGGUUAUAUGCAAAUGUGUCGUAUUUAUUGGUGUAUUUCCGAGAGAGUGAAAAGAUGCCUGUGCUAUCAGUCAGAGCUCCCCUGAUUGUGAGCGUGUAAAUGCCGGGGAGGCGGUGGCGUACAGGCAGCAAAUCUUUGGGGGGUAAAGAGGCAAAGAGCGAAUGAAGAAGUCCAUGUCCAAAUGAAAACACAAAUACAGAGUUAUGCUGCUGCAUGAAUGGAUUAUUGUGAAUUACAUACAUAUUGCAUGAUGUUGAGGAAGCAAAAAGAGAAAGACAUUCAGUUGAUUAUUUUCUGCUGAAAGGUUAAAAUGGGGCGAUAGCCUUUUUCCCGGAUUUAUCACAAAUUCAACAGCUUAUCACAUGUUCCAUUGUGGCUGGGGAGGGAAGAAAUAUUGUGCCUCUCGGGAGAGGAAUUUUGUGAAUUCCUUCAGUCUGUGUGCGACCGUCAACGGGAAGUGAAUUGAAAUUCCUAACUAGUGACUCCGAGAGCUGCUUCCUUUGAGUUUUUUUUCUUCUCUUCUUCUCCUCUAAUUUUUUUUCGGCUCAAAUUCUUGUGUGUGGAUUCUUUCUGUAAUAGUUCUUGUGUGAAGUGUUUGCCUUCCAGGGCGAGGACAUGGCGUCAUCUCGCUUAAAUUAUUUAUUAUUUAUUUAUAUAUCGCAUCUUGGAUUCUCCAAAGGAUUUAAUUUGUUCGAACCGAAUAGGGUUUAUGUGUACAAUUUCACAGGAAGUGUCCAGGUUGGAUCUCGUGCCAGCAACAGUGAGCACAAUGUUAAUCCCACUUGGUGGCGCAUUACAGGACUUUUUCAGCUGCAACGCAUCGAUUCGACCACCCUGGCAGCCUGGAUUACGCCACAUGGAGAAGUGACUCUAUUCCCGCCAAAACACACUGACCCGAAGCGAAUGGGGAUGUCGGACGAAUUGCGGGCACCAUUUAAGAUAAUUAUUGCCAACAAUGGUGCUAUUAACUAUGUGGCCGUGAAUGCAAAGGAGAAAGCAUGGACGUCCAAUCUCAAGCGCGCCUUUGCGUCCACAUUCCAGCUGCAGGUGGAGAAAAGUGGGUUGUUCACGGUGAAUGAGGGUGGACUCCAUGGGUUCUGUAGCACCAGCUACCUCGUAACCAAUCGCACAACUCACUGGCAAGUCCGCAAAACCAUCGAUCUCAAAUCGUGCACUCCACACGGCAGUGGGAUCCACCAUUCGCGAAUGAAUGUGCCAAAUGUCCCAUGCCUCGAGAAUACCGAACGAAAGGUUGUCGUUAGCAAUGAGGGCUUCUUCGAGCUACGUCCCAAUAAGAAUUCCGGGGUAUUUGUGGCUAAAGCCAUCACGAAGGGUGUAACACUUGUUAACAUCUUUGAAUCCACAGGAUCAGCUCAAUACAUCAAUUCAGAACUUGAAUUGAACUUUGUCAAGGAGCGAAUGCACCCGAAGGAGAUCUCUCUCGAUGUGGACAAACUCCUCCUCACUUCCCUUGACUAUGUGAACCACCACAAAGAUCCCACAGCUGGCCGGAGCACAGCAUCGGAUGAUCAGCAAAUCCGCCAUGUUGUCUACCUCCUGAAUCACCUAACGGAUGCUCUGGAUGCCACAGAAUUGGACUUUGAGGAUCCCAUUGAUAGUCAUGUGGCGGAAACAUUUCGUGUAGUUGGUCUCAUGGAGUUUGAAGCACUGGAGAAGUUAUUCAAGGAGAUCGACAUUGGUACCUCGUAUCGCCAGGAAACAAUUAGGAAUCUCUUCUUUGAGUUUGUCUCCCGCAUUGGGACAAGAGCUUCGGUUCUCCUGACGCGUGAUCUUGUCGUGAAGAAGAGCGUGAAACCCUCAACGGCUGUUCAGCUCCUCAUGGCACUUCCAUUCCACAUUGAUGAAAUGAGUCAGGAUUUGGUGAGGGAAUGCGAAAUAUUGCUGGCACUCGGCUCUGAUCGUCCGGAUGUGAAGCAGGCAGCUGUUCUCAGCUACGCCACACUAAUCCAUCAUACUUUUGUAGGAGGGAAGAUGACUGUGGAUGUCUUUGAGCGAUAUGUGAAGAAAUAUUUUGAUCUCUUCUUCAACAGUCCUGACUAUGAGCAGCAAAUGCUGUACCUCCUGGCACUGAGUAAUCUCGAGUUGGGAAAUGUUGUGGAGUACCUGGAGCCAAUUGUCAAGGGUGACUAUCCUCAAAAUACGGAUAUUCGUUUCUUAGCAAUUUGGUCCACACUCUCACUCGCACAAGUACGUCCGGAAAAGACUUAUGAGCUGUACUGGCCGAUCCUUGAGUCACGUGACACUCCACUGCAGCUAAGAGUGGCAGCAUUGAUGAUGCUCCUCAUGUCAAAACCCUCCCCAGCUCGUCUUAUGAGUAUCCAUGAAUUCAUGCUGAGCGACACCUGCCCACACUUGAGAAACUUCUACAGGACAACCAUUCUUGGGCUCAAGAAAACAACUCAUCCCUGCUAUGAAAAUAUGAAAGAUAUGAUGGGCUUCCUAUCCCGCCAUCUUCCACCGGAGCCAAAAUCAAAGUACUGGACAGGAAACUACAUGGAUGGGACUGUUCAUCAGUCGGCAAUUGGUAUUGGCAUACAAUCUCUCUUGAUUGCUGACGACAAGACAGACAUUCCUGAAGUAAUUUACUUACGUCUGGACACGGAAUCUCUACGGAAGUAUACUGGAAAGUUUUCUGUUUUCAUCAAAAUAAGAGGUCUAGCAGAGAUCAUUGAGAAGAUCACGGUGCCAAUAAUUGAAAUUGAUCAACUAAAGAGUAUCCUGAAUGGGAUGAAAUUGCAGCCAAUCCCUCAAACACCUCUACAUUUUGAAUUUAUCCUCAAUGUUGAGGGCAAAGCUGUACUUUCGUAUCACAUCAAUCAGACAACGGUGAUGAAUCUCACCAAUGGAGACAUAAUAUCCCGCCUUCAGACAAUCUUCCUGGGAGAGACUCACAUAAACAUGCAGACAAUUCGAUGGCCAUUUAUGAACAAAUACUCCGUCCCAACGGUCCUUGGAACACCAGCGGAAGUGGUGAUUGAGAGCACAGUGGCUACAGCUCUACGUGGGAACAUCACCUUCCCCACACACUCAUCCACAGCCCUGAGAAAUCAUCAAAUUGAAAUGAGAUACUCAUCGUACUCCACAUGCCUCUCCCGGAGCUACAAUCCCUUCCUCAACUAUGAGCAUCAGGUGCAACAGGAUCAGGGAUUCCUCGGCUAUAGUCCCAUAAAUAGUGAAAUAGGAUUGGAUAUGUCCACGGGGCAGAUGUUCCUGAGCUUCAUUCGUCCCAAGAUGACCAAUAGUGGAUUCUCCCUGAAAUCUCGCGUUAGCGCCAACAUCCGUGAAUUCCUUCUGCGUGAUUCAGAGACGGAUACAUCGAAUCUCUAUGUGUUUAGUGAGUCCGAAGAUGACAAAUCGGUGUCUGUGAUUGAUUGGAAUAUUGGGGAUUUGGGAACAAGGGUUCUACUCUCGGUGGGCGUUAAGAAAAUCGUCCCGAGUAUGUUUGACUUUACGAAUAUCCUCACACCGGAAAAUGGGAAUGUACCCCAAUUUGCUGGACAAGCCCUACAGACGGCAAAUAUCCUCCAAGUGGUCACCACACACUUGGGGAACUACAAGAAUGUCAAGUGGUUGAUACAGAAUGAGGAGGAUUCAAGGAUUUUAGUUACAAUUCAAAUGUUCCAGGAUCUAUCGAAUCGGGAUGUUUAUUCGACAAAAUUAAACAUUGAUUUGAGUCACACAAAUGAUUUGGAAAAUCGCAAUGCAACACCCCUCCAUCGAUGGACCACGCAGAUUAGAUGGACAAAGACAGCCAGCAAGCAGAGCUCCACAGUUCAGGCGAUCAUGAAGCGUGUCUCCGGAUCGAAUGAUUGGCGCAUGUGCCUGGAUGGGCACUACUCUCCACUGGUGUAUGCCCAAUCGCCGGGAGUCUUUAAGGUGGUGGCUACAUUUGGACAAAUCACCGACACUACGGAAGGACAAUGCCCGCAGAAAAAGUCCCAAAUCUCGGUUUCAGGAUCAUUUGAUGUGGAUGAGAGUACAAAGAAGAGUCUCAAUGCCCUGGAGAAGGAUACCAAUUGUCCUGGGAAUCUCAUCAAGUUCACACCACCAAUGCUGCUCCAUGAAUGCCAGGAUCGUUUCAACACCUUGACGAAGAUUACGAAUUUGGCUGUGCAAGUUAAAUCCAACAGGAUGCCAGUUUGGUACAAUGAUGCCAUAACGAGAUUGCAACAUUUCUACUCGAGCUUCAUGUCCUACCCGGACACAACAACCAGAAAUUGGACCACAGGAAUGGAUGUGAAGGUAUCAAUGCCAAGUGUGAAUGAUAAUUCAAUAAAUGUGGACAUUAAUGGGGCAACCCUGGGCUCUCUGGCGUACUUUUCGCGUCUCUAUGAGAACACCAACAACAUCAAGUACAACCAUUUGGACACAAAGCUCAAUACGUGGGGAUUCUACAAGACAUGCAGUGUAGUCGGGAAUACGCUGCAUACUUUUGCAGAUGGUGAAGUGAAUCUGGCCAAAUUGAUUGUGGAACGCAACAAGAGCCCCUGUGCUCUCCUCCUGGCAGCCGAUUGUACGCCCAAGACGAGCUUUGCGGUAUUCCUGCAACCCCUGGCUGGGUCAGAGCUCACUACUAAAUUUGCCAUAAGGUAUUUCGUGGGACAGAUCAGCAUUAAGUAUUCCCCUGAUGAUCCUGAGCACGUUGUUGUUAACAAUCCCCUCGUGACUAGUGGGGAUUUAAGAAUGCCAAUUAGAAAUCUCACCCUCAGCUCCAAUUCGCAUCUCAUUAAGCAUUUGUGGAUUCACGUGACACCCGAUGAAAUCUUGGACAUUGUCGACAGCGUAUUCUUUAGGGGUGUACAAUUUGACCGGAAGAAUCUCCUCCAAAUAAGCACAUCAUUCAAUUUUAAGAGCAAAGUCUGUGGAUUGUGCAAUCCCGAAUCAAAAGCCACAGCGGACUCCUUCAGCUACUGCUUCAAAUCAUAAAUGCUUUCAUUGACACAUUUCUCUCUUUAUUUCCAAGAGAAUCUCUUUUUUCAUUUUUUCUUUAAGGAUUAUGUAUACACAAAAUAUCAUAGUUCCCGGAGAAGCUGAUUUGUUCUAUAUCGUCCCCUAGGAUGUCUUCUGUUCACUUUUUUCCGCUCUUCAAUAAAAUCUUAUGCAGUUUGA